CUAAUUGGGAGCUUGGAAGAAAGCAUACCUGAGAACCACAAGCUACACAGAGCUUGGACUUAGAAACCUGGAGGUCAGCAUCCUUGGGAGGCUUGGGCUUAGUCCCCCAUCAGUGAAGACAUCUCAGAGCUAGACACUAGCAGUAAGGGGCUAGAUGCUGGGAGUAAGGCUUUAGGGUUGGAUCCCAGGGGAAAGGGAAAGAGGAAAAGCAAUAGAAAGCAGGGAGCCUAGAUGCCACUUCCUCUUAACUCCCAGGAGCCAGGCUAAACACUAAAAGUUCGGGACACUACUACAAAGUUAAUUCAUCAGGAACCACAGAGGUGGAAUAGGAAUUUAUACACCUGAAUCAGUCCCACAGUGUAUACUAUAUAAUAGUACCCUGCACUCUCCUCCCCAUCACUAUUUUUAGUCAUUUAAGAAUAUUGGGCUGUAGGACCUUCACGUGUAAGCUUCGCUACUCCAGAGUUCCAUGUGUUUAAUCUUAAACUACCCGAGUGGAGUUUACCCUCUGGUAGGUUUAUAAUCCCUGCCGUGGUGGUGCCCUCUCCUUGGAAGGGACCAGCACUUAAGACGGUAUUAACGUAGAUCUGGCACAGCAGGGUACAGAGGAGUAAAGGCUGCAAAAGACGUGUUAUCGGAGCCAGGUGCAAACGGCUUUUGCACUAUUUAUUGUCUUCACCGUGAUAAAGGGGGCUAUUAAUGACAGGUUGUGUUUACUGACCGUGUACUUUGGGCGCCCCAUACCCUGUGCCGAAAUUAUCUGUCUCCCUCCUGGCCUUCCUCCUCUUCUCGGCUGGGGAGCCCAGGGCGGCGGCCUGGGGACCAGCACCACCGACCGUGUCAGAGAAGCCGCACGAGGCGGAGGUCGGGGGACUGCGGAAGCGCGUAGCAGUCCACAGCGUCUCGUACUAGCGACACUUCCGCCCGCACGAGUCCUUCCGGGGUGAGGGUCACCAUGGCAGCGGCCUUGGCCCGGCUCGGACUCCGCUCUGUCAAGCAGGUUCGGGUUCAAUUCUGCCCUUUCGAGAAGAACGUGGAGUCGACAAGGACCUUCCUCCAGGCCGUGAGCAGCGAGAAAGUUCGCUGCACCAACCUCAACUGCUCGGUGAUAGCGGACGUGAGACACGACGGCUCCGAGCCCUGCGUGGACGUGCUGUUCGGAGACGGGCAUCGCCUGAUUAUGCGCGGCGCGCACCUCACCGCCCAGGAAAUGCUCACUGCCUUCGCCUCCCACAUCCAGGCCAGGGCUGCGGCGGGAAGCGGGGACAAGCCGGGCGCCAGUACCGGGCGCUGACAGCGCGGAAGAGACCAACAAGCAGGUUUUCACCUAAGACUGCUAAGGACACAUCUAAGAAGAGCUUGACUUAAUUACUCAAAUCACUAUCUAGAAGACCACAGAGCGCAAAAGAGAAAAGAAAGAGCCCUGUGACUACAAAUCCAACCAGUGUUUCUGGGACGAGACAAGAUGGGGAGGGGUCUGGACAAAUUUGAAUUUUAUUUCACUUUCUUACCAUCACUCACUGCUUAACCCUUUUGAAUUUGGCUUCUUCCAACACUACUCAAGGUACCUCUUACUCUUAUUAGAAAUGCUGUUAUCUCAGUCCUCAUUUUUCCAUUUCAGUAGCACCCGCCACUCUUAAUUCCCUCCCUUGUGUAACUUCUUUUCCACUCAGGUCCUUUUUCUUCUUUUAACCAUAAAGGCAUACUACUCUCCUUCUUUCUCUUCUCUCUUUUAUUUUUGGGGCAUCUCAUAUUCUGUCAUGACUUGAACUACCCUCUUGGGUUAAACGCUACAUUUCUGUUUGGCUCUAAUCUCAGAUUCUGUGCUAUAGUCAGGGUACUUACUACCAAUUUUCUCCAAAUCCCACCAACACUCUUUGUCUAACCCUAACCCGAUAAUCUUACAUACUCUCUAAAGUUGACCCUUGAACAAUGCAGGUUUCAAUUGCAGAGGUCCUUUUACAUGCCUGUUUUUCAAAUAAAUACAUAGUAUAAGUACUACACGAUCUGUGGUUGUUUGAAUCUGCGGUUGUGGAACUGUGGGUGCUGACUGUAAAGUUAUCCCCCCAUUCUCAACUCUGUGGAGCGGUUGGGCCCCUAACGCCCAUCCCCACCCCCAUUGUUUAAGGGUCAUCUGUACUUGCCUCCUCCCCUGACUUCCUCAUUCCUUUAAAAGGCACUUCAUCUGCUCAGCCACUUGAGCUGGAAACCACAGCAUUAUCUCUGGUUCUGCCCGCUCCCUGAAUAUCCAGUCAGUAAGUUCAUAAUAUUCUGUCUUAAACAAAAGCUCCUGAAAUGUUCUCUACAUUUCCAUUCACUCUCCUGUAUUAUUGUUGCAUUCUCCCACCUGGUCUCCUUUUUGCUAACCGUUUUUGCUGCUGCUUACUUUUAUCUUUCCAAAGCAUAUCAUUGGUUUUAUUAUUACAACUUGUUUCAGAGAACAGUGCCUAAAGUCCUUUUUAGGCACCCUGCCUAAAGUUUUUCAUACUAGGUUACCACCCAUUAAUGUGGAUCAUGAAGUGAAUUUAGGGGGUCAAAUCAGCCUUUUAAAAACAAAUAGAAUAAAAAGUAUCAGUAGAUGGCA